GCGGACGAGAUGGCGGCCAUCAACGUUGGCGAUUGGCUGCAUGGACUGAGCGGACCUAUGGGUGAUCUUACAGAUGGCAGCGCGCAGUGGUGGACCCAAGUGUUGUUGUCGUUGGAAGCCUACUACAAGGAGUACAUCAACGCACCCGCAGUAAGAAAGCUACAGUUGAAACCAGAUGACUUCGCCUCAGACAUGCUGAAGGAAGCUAAGUGGUUGAGGGUCGACAAGAGGGCAGCCUCCAUGCUUUUGCAGGCGAUCCCCGAGAACAUCCGGACGGAGGUGUUGGCGAACAGGCUGCAGACCACCUUGUCAAUCCUAGCGCGCAUCCUAACAAUUUACCGUCCUGGGUCGUCAGUGGAGCGACAGCAAGUGCUUAAGGCCUUGGAGCAGCCGGGGACCGCGACGUCGCCGAUGGAGCUUGUAGAGUCCUUGCGACGGUGGGCCAGAUGGCUGAAGCGAGCACAGGAUCUCGGGUUACAGGUCCCAGACUCUUCAAUUCUUCUUCGAGGCAUAGACCAGGCGUCAAAGGGGCAGCUGGAGAAGCAGGGCGAAGUGGCGUUCAGAGCAAACAUGUUGAGGACGCACGAGAUCUACUACAACCUCGUCAACUCCGACCGUGAAGGCGAUGGGAACAGUUCUUCGUUGCAGAGUCAGGAUGUCACCGUGCUAACUGCAAGUUCUCACAUGACUGGAACAAUAUUCCUCGAGAAGAACGCGGUGAUCGUUGUAAAAAUUGUGGUGGCAAGGGCCAAGAUCAAGAAUAUGAAGGGUGCCGAAAAUAAGCGAGAUGAUGGAACAGUUCCCGCAGCAGCAGCUCCACAGGUCUCGACGUCGGUGCCUUCUACCUCAGGAGGACAGUCAGGUUCGUUGGGGGCGUCCACAGACUCAAGCUCCUCGGCAGCGGCUUCGGGUGAUGGGGCGUCGUCGGUGCGAGAUGUGGACGACUUCUUGAAGAAUGCCACUCAGAUCUUGAAGAUGAUGGCGGAUCAACAGACGUCGACAAGGCCAGGGCCCUCAAUGAAGAUAUUGAAGAAAGUGAUUAAGAACUAUGAGGGAAGAAUGGCUUUGGUUGAUUCAGGUGCAACUCAUCCUCUGCGGACGGCGACGUUUUCGGAGUGGAGCAAGGCAGAUGAAGUGGACGUUGUGGUUGCUGGGGAUGGAGUCAAGCGGAUGAGGCAGAAUGCCUCAGGCACUCUUUUGAUGGGGCCCGAGUCCACGAGCGCACAGACUAUCUUACCGCUGGGAAGUUUGGUGAGUGUUCUCGGGUACGAUUUGGUUUGGACAAAGAAGAAGUGCAUCCUUCGCUCGCCAGAAGGAAUGGAAACCGUGUUGAGGGUGACUUCGGGAUGUCCAGAGGUCAGCGAGGCCACCGCUUUGGAGCUCAUUGCAAAGAUCGAGCAAGAAAAGGUUGUGCAACUCAACCACAACACUGAGGUGACCAAGCAGGCCAUGGCUCGAGCUCGUGAUGUUCAGCUAGACCCACUUUGGGAAAGAAGCCUCAAGGACUAUGUCGCCAAGGGAAAGUUCGAGGAUGGCUUCAGAGCAAUGGCUUCGGCGCCAUGGGCUGCAGAAGAACUUCAAAGAGAGAUGGCGCGCAUCCUCACAGACCUGCCGGUCGAUGACAAGGGGGCUUGGGAUCUUAUGCAACAGCUUGGGUUCAACCGGCGGAUGAGGAAGCGAAUGAUGGCUAAGGACUGGGUGGUUAAGUUGUGCAGCGGUCGGCGUUCUCCUACCGACAAGUGGUUCAAGGCGGUGGAAAAUAACGGCACUGUGGUCUUGGACAUAGACACCCAGAGACUUCCUCAGCUAGAUCUACUUCGGCCUGGAGCAGGUGUGAUGAUGAUGCUGUUGUGGGGAGCGGCUACUGGAAGGAUUGCGGGUGUUCUGAGCGGACUUCCUCGUCACAAUGCGCUGGAGCACUCAUUACGGGCGGUGGUGCUGUAUGAGGUGGCCACGGCUGGACGGGAGGCUACAUGUAAAGAAGCGGAUGUUCCUUUGGAUGGUGUGGCUUUUUCCUUGUGGGCUUCAUCGGAGUCAGAGGAGGAUGAGUCUUCGCUGGUUUGGAUGUUCAAGUGGUUCAGGCGUUGGUCAGUGGAGCGGCGCAUGGAUCUUUGUCACUUCGAGCAAGGAGGGCUUGGACACCCGAUGCGGAGACCUACUACGAUGGUCACGAACCUUGAUGUGGUAGAGCUGAAGGGGGUUCAAGACAGCCGUUCGCACGAUGAUGAAGACAAGGGGACAUGGUCUCAGUGGGCUCCUAUGUUCGUUCGGACUAUGGCAAGAGGACUUAAGCGCUGGAGACUACGUCCGGGAUGGUACACGAGGAUGGUCAAGGCCAUGAAGGCGAGUGACCGCAAGGCGUGGGAACGACAUCUGGCCAAUGACCAUGUUCCGUAUAGAGCUGACUGUUUGCAGUGUAUUCACAAUGCUACGGGAAGACCUCACAGGAAGUGCCUGCAUCGUGACUGCUAUGUUCUCAGCGCCGACACUCUAGGACCUGUGCGAGUGGCUGGAGUAAAGGGUGAGAGGUAUGCAGUGGUGUUCACGUAUCAGUUCCCCAAGCAGAAACUCCUCGCCGAGGACCAGCCGAUAACUGAUGAGGAUUUGGAUGGUUGGACUUUGGAUGUGAAACCGGAGGAGGCCCCAACAAUCGCAGACGACGCUGAUGAUUAUGACGAAUAUGUCCCGGAUCUGGACGAGCCGGUUGAGUUGUCUCCAGAGGAACAAGAAGAACUUCGUCGUGUGCAACAGGAACCCUUUAUCGCGGCAAGAGGUGCUAAGAAGAAGGAGAUCUCGGAUGAUUGGUGGGAAUUCCGGGAGUCCUCGGGAGUCCUGAUACGACAUCAUGUCACCCCAAGGACUGUCUUGUUCAGGCCAACAUCAUGGAAUGGGUGUCCUAUUUCCCCGAGUGUUCUCGACUACACGCGUGUGACGGAGGUGAAGUACAUGAGCGGCGGGGUAGAUACUGAGACAUCAGAUUGGCAUGGGCCACAAUCAGGAUCUCGUGCUCUGGAGCGACCGUGGACGGGAUGUACUAUGUUCACGGUGUCUACGGCGGAGGUGCUUGAGGAUGAGGCAGAGCUAAAACGCGAUGAAGAAACUUGGGAAAAGAUCAUCGGUGACCUCACCAAGCCCGUCGAGAUGGACACGAUCUACUUGGUAUAUCCAGUACGGGCUCGGCGUGGAGGUGAUGCAAUGCUGGCGGUGCAAGAAGCGGUGCUGAGGUUGAAGCUGCUGGGUUUGCCU